UCCCCCAUUUGGUAUGUAAUUGGAGAUCUUUGCUUCUGAAGAUCUUUGUGAAACAGAGACAAGAGAAGCUUCUUGAUUCCAUAACUGCAUCACUCGUUCCCCACUCCAGAUGCUCUCGUUUUGCCUCUAAUGACCCAGAAGAUCCCCUUCAAGUACUUACCCAGAUCUCCUAAGAAGCUCUCGUUCCACCAUAAAGUUACUCUGACUGCAUCUCUCACGAUCGGCACCCUUUCGCAGAAUGUUUCGAUGGUCAUUGACACCGACAGCGAUCUCUCUUGGCUCAACUGCAACAUUAGCUACACCAACACUGGAAACAUUUCCGAGCCGUUCACAUUUGACAAACACACGAUCUUGUUCUGGGUGGGCUCCCAUGGGGAGUCGAAGAUGAAUAAGGAUUGUUGUUGGGAUGAUGACGGUGAUGGGUUUGAGAGGGAAGAAAUGAAGAGGAAGGGAAUUAAAAAGGGAGGAGACAUGCUCUUAGCUUGACGUAAGGUCUGGUAUGGUGAAUUUGUGGAACUGGGUGAGCGGAGGCUGUGCUUGGUGGAGGUGUUUCUUUUCUUUUUCUUUUUUUUUGGUGUUUCUCUGUCUUUAAUGAAAAUAAUAAUAUUUU